AUGGAUUAUACGCUCGAGCCCAAUGUGACAGUAAUUGACUACUACUACCCUGACAGCCUCUCAAGCCUCUGAGAUGUGGAAAUUACUCAGACAGAGGGCAGGUUGCUUCUUGCUGUCUUUUACUGCCUCCUGUUUGUACUUGGCCUUCUCGGGAACAGCCUAGUCAUCCUGGUCCUUGUUGUCUGCAAGAAGCUGAAGAGCAUCACAGACAUAUACCUCUUGAACCUGGCGCUGUCGGACCUGCUUUUUGUCUUCUCCUUCCCCUUUCUGACGCACUAUCACCACCACCAGUGGGUGUUUGGGACUGUCAUGUGUAAGGUGGUCUCUGGCUUUUAUUACAUUAGCUUCUUCAGCAGCAUGUUUUUUUAUACCCUCAUGAGUGUGGACAGGUACCUGGCCAUUGUCCACGCCGUGUAUGCCAUGAGGGUGAGGACAGCUAGGAUGGGCACGGCCCUGACCCUGGUGGUGUGGCUGACCGCCGGCAUGGCCACCAGCCCACUGGUGGUAUUUUACCAAGUGUCCUCUGAAGAUGGCGUCCUAGAGUGUUACUCAUAUUACGAUCAACAGACUGUAAAGUGGAAGCUCUUCAUCCACUUUGAAAUGAACUUCUUAGGCCUGUUGAUCCCAUUCACCAUCCUCCUGUUCUGCUACAUUAGCAUCCUGCACCAGCUGAAGAAUUGCCAAAACCAAAACAAGGCCAAGGCCAUCAAGUUGGUGCUCAUCGUGGUCAUUGUAUCAUUAGUCUUCUGGGUCCCCUUCAAUGUGGUCCUCUUCCUCACUUCCCUGCAUGACCUGCACGUCCUGGAUGGGUGUGUCCUGAACCAGCAGCUGACGUACGCCACCUCUGUCACGGAAAUCAUUUCCUUCACUCACUGCUGUGUCAACCCCAUUAUCUAUGCUUUCAUGGGCGAGAAGUUCAAGAAACACCUCUCGGAAAUGUUUCAGAAAAUUUGCAACCACAUGCUCCUCUACGUAAGAACAAUCCCCAAGGAACACAGGGAGAAGUCCUUACCUUCUCAGCACUCCUUCCGCUCCUCCAGCAUGGACUACAUUCUGUGAGCACACGGCCCCUGGACUGGCCGCCGCUUUCGCCUC